UUCUUUCAUUUCUUCUCUAGCCUUCUCUCUUUCCCCCUUCAUCACUUCUCUUCCUAUCUCUUUCCUGGGGGAAGGUGGGUUGCACUGGAGCGCCGACAUUAUUGUGCACUGAAUUCUGGAUCUUAAUCUAUUUAGAUUAUUGGGUUUAAUGAAAAUUAAUUGAAUUUUUCUGGGGAUUAUUAGAUCUUCCUUCUUGUCAAGUGUAUAGUAAAAAUGGAGGACUCACAAAAUGGGCUUAAGCCUGGAAAACAAACAAGUGAACAAGUAUGUCAGAUCUGUAGUGAUAAAAUAGGCACAAAUGUACAUGGAGAGCCUUUUGUUGCCUGUGAUAUCUGUGCCUUUCCUGUUUGCCGCCUUUGUUAUGAAUAUGAGCGGAAGGAUGGCAACCAAUCUUGCCCGCAAUGCAAGACGAGAUACAAGCGGCACAAAGGUAGUCCUGUAGUUCGUGGGGACAAGGUUGAAGAUUCUGAUGUUGACGAUGGAAGUGACAUCAACGAGCCAACGGGAGGUUCGAUCUUGAAGGAGAAGCCACAAGAGAGAAUGCUUGGUUGGCAUAUGAACAAUGGACAAUCAGGGGAGCUUGGUCCCCCUAGCUAUGAUAAAGAGGUUCCUAUGAGCCAUAUCCCUCGUCUAGCGAGUGGCCGCACGAUCUCUGGAGACCUAUCGGCUGCAUCCCCUGAACGUUUCUCAAUGCCAUCACCUGGAACCAGCACCGGAGCUAAUGUUAGAUUAUCAAGGGAAUUUGCUUCUCCUGGAUUCGGAAAUGUAGCUUGGAAAGAAAGGAUUGAUGGUUGGAAGAUGAAGCAAGAGAAGAGUACAGCUCCUCCAAGUGUUAGUCAUGCACCUUCAGAGGGAAGGUUUGGCGGCCAUGAUAUUGACGCCAGUACCGAUAUUCUCAUGGAUGACUCUUUAUUGAGUGACGAAACACGCCAGCCAUUAUCGAGGAAGGUUCCCAUUUCUUCAUCCAAGAUUAAUCCUUAUAGGAUGGUUAUUGUUUUGCGACUGGCUGUUCUUGGUAUAUUCUUGCAUUAUCGUAUUACAAAUCCCGUGCCAAAUGCCUAUCCUUUGUGGCUGAUAUCUGUCAUUUGUGAGAUUUGGUUUGCUAUAUCUUGGAUUCUGGAUCAGUUUCCCAAAUGGCUUCCUAUCAACCGUGAAACUUAUCUUGACAGGCUGGCCCUCAGGUAUGAUCGUGAAGGGGAACCAUCACAGCUAGCCGCCGUUGAUAUCUUUGUCAGUACGGUGGAUCCAUUGAAGGAACCACCCCUUGUCACCGCCAAUACCGUGUUAUCGAUUCUUGCAGUUGAUUACCCUGUUGACAAAGUUUCUUGCUAUGUCUCUGAUGAUGGGGCUGCUAUGCUGACAUUUGAAGCUCUUUCAGAGACAUCGGAAUUUGCAAGAAAAUGGGUUCCAUUCUGUAAAAAAUAUGAUAUUGAGCCACGUGCUCCAGAGUGGUAUUUUGCUCAGAAGAUCGACUACCUAAAAGAUAAGGUUCAGCCUUCUUUUGUAAAAGACCGCAGAGCAAUGAAGAGAGAAUAUGAAGAAUUCAAAAUCCGUAUCAAUGGACUUGUUGCGAAGGCACAAAAGGUCCCAGAAGAAGGAUGGGUCAUGCAAGAUGGGACUCCUUGGCCUGGAAACAAUACCAGAGACCAUCCAGGAAUGAUUCAGGUUUUCUUAGGCCAGAGUGGAGGACUUGAUACAGAAGGUAACGAACUUCCACGUCUAGUUUAUGUAUCUCGUGAAAAACGUCCAGGGUUUCAGCAUCACAAAAAAGCUGGUGCUAUGAAUGCUCUUGUUCGUGUGUCAGCCGUGCUCACUAACGGUCCAUUCUUAUUGAAUCUUGAUUGUGAUCACUACAUUAACAACAGUAAGGCUUUGAGGGAAGCUAUGUGCUUUAUGAUGGACCCGAACCUUGGAAAAUAUGUUUGCUAUGUACAAUUUCCACAAAGGUUUGACGGAAUUGAUAGGAAUGAUCGAUAUGCUAAUCGUAACACUGUCUUCUUUGACAUCAACUUGAGAGGUUUGGAUGGUAUCCAAGGUCCUGUUUAUGUGGGUACGGGAUGUGUCUUUAACAGAACAGCUUUGUACGGUUAUGAGCCUCCUCUUAAACCAAAGCCCAAAAAGAAAGGCAUUUUGUCUUCUUGCCUUGGUGGGUCUAGAAAGAAAUCUGGCAAAAAAGACUCUAAGAAGAAAUCAAAUAAACAUGCCGACCCUACCGUGCCAAUUUUCAAUCUCGAAGAUAUCGAGGAAGGAGUUGAAGGUGCUGGAUUUGAUGACGAGAAGUCACUACUUAUGUCUCAAAUGAGCUUGGAUAAAAGAUUUGGUCAGUCGGAAGUAUUUGUGGCUUCGACACUCAUGGAAAAUGGAGGUGUUCCGCAGUCUGCUACCCCUGACACCCUUUUGAAAGAAGCUAUUCAUGUCAUCAGUUGUGGGUACGAGGACAAGACUGAGUGGGGAGCUGAAAUUGGCUGGAUUUAUGGUUCUGUGACAGAAGAUAUUCUUACAGGAUUUAAAAUGCACGCUAGGGGAUGGCGAUCAAUCUAUUGCAUACCAAAGCGCGCAGCUUUUAAGGGAUCUGCUCCUAUCAACCUGUCUGAUCGUUUAAAUCAAGUGCUUCGGUGGGCUUUAGGUUCCGUUGAAAUUCUUUUCAGUCGUCAUUGUCCCUUAUGGUACGGCUACGGUGGACGGUUGAAAUGGCUCGAAAGAUUUGCCUAUGUCAACACCACAAUUUACCCUCUCACAUCAAUCCCCCUUCUCGCGUAUUGUACCUUGCCAGCAGUUUGUCUCCUGACUGGGAAGUUCAUUAUUCCUCAGAUUAGUAACUUGGCUAGUAUUUGGUUCUUGUCGCUCUUUCUUUCCAUCUUUGCUACUGGUAUACUGGAAAUGAGAUGGAGUGGUGUGGGAAUCGAUGAAUGGUGGAGGAACGAGCAAUUUUGGGUUAUUGGAGGAGUUUCAGCCCAUUUAUUCGCUGUUUUCCAAGGUUUGCUCAAAGUUCUUGCUGGAAUCGAUACCAACUUUACCGUCACUUCCAAAGCAUCAGAUGAAGAUGGGGAUUUUGCCGAGCUCUACAUGUUCAAAUGGACAACUCUACUCAUCCCACCGACUACACUUCUUAUAAUAAACCUUGUCGGAGUCGUUGCUGGAAUCUCCUAUGCUAUCAAUAGUGGCUACCAAUCUUGGGGUCCACUUUUCGGUAAGCUAUUCUUUGCCUUUUGGGUGAUCAUCCAUCUUUAUCCGUUCCUCAAGGGUCUCAUGGGCCGCCAAAACCGAACCCCUACCAUCGUUGUUGUUUGGUCUAUUCUCCUUGCGUCCAUCUUUUCCUUGUUAUGGGUUAGAGUUGAUCCGUUUACAACCCGGGUGACUGGUCCCGACGUUGAACAAUGUGGAAUAAAUUGCUAGAGUGGCUCGAGAAACAGGAAUAUCGAUUCUCAACAACUUCUUGGAUCUAAAUACAUCAUCGACAUACCUGAAAUUAAACUUAUACGUAUAAACAGUUUGAGCACAUAUACAACGACCCAUUUCUGUUGUUUAAUAGUUCAUCUUUCGCCCUUAUUCAUUUCCUACAUUGUUUUCGUGGACCGAACAGUUACGUGUAUUAUUAUUUGUUAGUAAGUUAAUUGUAUCUUUCGAUAGGUCAUAAACUAUUGUAUCCGAACCAGAAUGGCCAUUAAGCUUGGCCUUUAAGUUAAUUUUUUGAUUCAUUUUGCGGCAGUAAAUUUCGAUAAGCAAUUACCUAAAAGGUUCUAAUGUACUGUAUUGUAUGAACAUGUUUAUUUACAAGCUUCUCCACCAAAUGGUGGUUGAUUGAUA